UGAUGAGCUUCAUGCGAUACGGGACUAACUAGGGCGGACAGGUGCUAGACACCCCAGGGAAAAUGGCUGCCUUGCGACGGACAGCGCAGAUCCAAAGAGCAGUUAAAUCUCUUUUUGUUAAAGAGCGGGGUAUAUCGUCUAGUGCUGUCUUGCAAGCAGGAUGGAAUAAAGAUUGGAUGCCUGACAGUUACCCAAAAACUGAAGCCGAGAAAAGAGCAUCAGCAAAGAAAUAUGGCUUCCUUUCAGAAGACUAUAAACCUAUGGCUGAUGAUGGAGAUGCCCAUGGUGACUACCCUGACUUACCGUUGGUUGGUGAAGAACAGAAAAGCCCAUACGAAGAUUGGGAUGAUCCUGUGAUGAAACGAAACUUUGGAGAACCUAUGCACCUGUACUAUGAAUCUAUGGUAACUGACAAGGGUGAUCCAGGAAGAGUUUAUAGAUACUCUCCUGGGUUCAUGCUUUUUUGUUUCCUAAUGGUUGCCACAUUAUUUGCUGGGCCAUGGUUUCUUUCAAUGCCAUACAGUUUGUCUAAUUCAAAGUACAAUGAUUGGUAUCCUUAUGAGCAUGUCGGCCGAUACAAACGAAGACAACCUCUACCCUGUGGUGAAAGACAGAUCCACUACACAUUUGAACCUGCAGAAUAAACUUGAAACUUAGUACUUGUUCCAAUUUUGACAUCUGUAGUGUCUAAGGAGUAUGUUUUAGUUAUUUUGAGAAGAGUGAAAGCACUUGACUUUUUAAUUAGAAAGUUGCAGAAUCACUGGAAAGUAGAUUGAGAAGCUAUUGACUGCAAAAGUGAAACAGUUGCUGUUUUUGAAAUAAAUUGUUAUUUGAAUGUAAAUUACAUUUUUUGUGUAGAUAAAUGUGCUAUGAAGA